UGAGUUUUAGAAAGUUUUUAUAAAUUUAGAUAUAUGAAUCAUAUAAAAUAAAAUUCCAAUUUUAUUAAAAUUUUCAAACCUUACAUAAUUACUUCUAUAUCUUAAUGACUUAGAUCCUUUAGCAAAAAAGGAAAAUUCUCAACCAAUAUAAUAAAUUUUAUACCAUAUGACAAAUAAUUAUUUAUUUUUUGGCUUCUCUAUCUAAUGUCCCAACCAAAAAAUAUACUCCUUUCCAUUUCUACUCCUUAAUUGGUUAGAGCAAUUCUCCCUUAGACAAGACUUUACACCCACCUCCCUAACUCUUCCUAUUAAACCCCCUUCCUCCACAUUCCUUACCUUCAUAGUUAAUUCAUACCCUCUUCAUAAACCCAAACCCAAACUCGGCCCAAAAAUGAACCAAGAUUACGGCCGUUUAUACCCAACUCCAUCAGCCCGAAUCACCGACCCGGACCCACAAAACCCAAAACCCCCACCGAAAAUUCGAACCUCUUGCCGCCUCAUCCUCCUUUUUAUUGGGGCUCUCCUUAUCAUUGCUGUCGCUUGUGGAAUACUAGCGGCAGCACGAAUUUUAAGGAAGCCCAAUAAUAACAAUCCCUUAUUGGUCCAUGGUACGACAAGGGUAAUCCAGGAGGUUUGCGGAGUGACUCGGUUUCCCGAACUCUGCUUAUCCUCAUUGGCAAGUUUCCCUGGGGCUAUGGCCGCAGGGAACCCACUUGAAGUAGCCCACAUUUCGGUAAACAUGACGUUUCGUAGGUUCGGGGCGGCGUUGUCCGCUUCGACGGAAAUAAGGAACUUGAAUAUGGAUAGGAUGACGAGGUCGGCGUAUGACGAUUGUUUAGAAUUGUUGGACCAUUCCGUUGAUCUUCUUGGACGCUCGUUGUUUUCUAUCGCUCAAACUUCGUCGAUGGAAGAGGAAAGUGUCACUAAUGAUGGUAAUAUGUAUAAGGGAGGAUCAAAGCAAGAUGUGAUGACAUGGUUAAGUGGGGCCAUGACAAAUCAUGACACGUGUACGGAUGGAUUCACCAACGUGGGAGGAACAAUAAAGAGCCAAAUGGUCCAAAGAUUACAAGAUUUGUCCGAGCUUGUUAGUAAUUGCCUAGCUAUUUAUGCGGCUAGUCAUAAAAUUGAUGACUUUGCAGGUACACCUAUUCAAAAUCGGAGGUUAUUGGGGUUCGAACCUGAGACCGAUUCCGGUUUUCCUAAGUGGAUGGCUAGAUCCGAAAGAGAGAUAUUGGGUACUCCGACCCAAAGUAUACAAGCGGAUAUUAUUGUGGCACAAGAUGGGUCGGGUACCGUUAAGACUAUUGCUGAAGCUAUUGCUAAAGCUCCGUCAAAUAGUGGUCGUCGAUUUAUUAUUCUUGUCAAGGCUGGAAUAUAUGAAGAAGAUAACUUGAAAGUAGGAAUCAGGAAAACCAAUUUGUGGUUUUUAGGUGAAGGCAAAGGUAAAACUGUGAUUUCCGGUAAAAAGAGUGUGGGUCAUGAUCAAAUCACUACUUUUCGCACCGCUGCAUUUGCUGCCUCUGGCACCGGAUUUGUAGUUCGUGACAUUACUUUUGUAAAUGAUGCUGGACCGAAUAAUCACCAAGCAGUAGCUCUUCGAGUAGGUGCAGACCAUGCUGUAGUCUACCGUUGUGAGAUAAAGGGAUAUCAAGACACACUCUAUGUACAUUCACUACGACAAUUCUAUCGAGAAUGUGAUAUUUACGGAACAGUGGAUUUUAUUUUUGGUAAUGCAGCAGUCGUGUUCCAAAAUUGCAUUAUGUGGGCUCGUAAACCAGGCCCCCAACAAAAGUUAACUAUCACUGCUCAAAAUCGCAAAGACCCAAACCAAAACACCGGCAUGUCAAUCCACGCUUGCCAAGCCCGAGCCACUAACGACCUUGAGGCCUCUAAGUCUAGCAACCCAACAUAUUUGGGUCGACCAUGGGAAAUAUUUUCAAGAGUUGUGUACAUGGAAUCAUACUUAGGUGAUCACAUUGACCCUAGAGGAUGGUUAGAGUGGGAUACAAUAUCUCCAUUAGAUAAGUUAUAUUAUGGUGAAUAUGGGAAUAGUGGGCCACGGGCCGAUGUAUCACAACGGGUCAAAUGGCCCGGUGUGCAUGUGAGUAUGUCCAAAGCAGAGGCAAUUAAAUUUACUGUGGCCCAAUUUAUAUUUGGGCAAGAUUGGAUAGCUGCAACUGGGGUUUCAUAUCAAUCUGGGUUAUCAAAUUAGUAAAUCACUUGACAAUAUCUAAUUUUGUAAUGCCCAAAAAAGGAAAGUUUGAUAGGGUCUUACAUGGUCAAUAGGCAAAUAAGUACAUAGAAGUAUAUUGGAGAUUUGGGGAGAUAUAAUUGUGAUUUUCAUCCUCUCAACAUUUUCUUGUAAUUAUGUUCCAUUAUUUUUAUAGCUAGUUGUAAACAAUAAUUAUUUUUAAAAAGCGUAUUUUAAGACGUGUGAUCAACAUAUUAUUUCAUUAAUAAAUAAAUUUUGUAUUUUAUUAUAUG